GUAACCUUAUGACAGUUACAAGAUACAACUCGUUUUGGGGAUAAAUAUUUAAAUACACUCUAGUAUGAACAAUCAAAAAUGGCACUACCUGAACUCGAUACAAGAUCUGUUUUAGAUACAGUUGAGGAGAACUUUACGCGAGUUGGAUUGAAAACGUAUGCAAUUCGUAUGAUAUACGCCGGAGAACAUCUUGUAAAGAAGGAAGAAAUAAUACGUAUGUUUUCUAAGACGGUGGAAGACGUUAACUCCAGUUACUGUGAGAUUCACGUUACUGGCUUACUUUUGGUGUAUGACAGUUUUUUUGUCCACGUUAUAGAGGGUUCCGAAGACACAGUUCAUCGUCAGAUAAGGUUUUUAUUCAAUCUUGAAGCUCAAAUGUGUAAGGAAAAGGCUAAAAAUGAAGCUGCAGAAGCGGCUGCUCAAGAAAAAAUCGAGGAAGGCAAUAUCGAAGGAAAUGCGGAGAAAGAAUGCAAGAUUUUUAGGCGAUUAAAGACUAUAAUGGUUUAUCAUUCUAUGCAAACGCUUAUGUUUAGCGGUUGGCGCGCUUUAACCGCCCGCCCGCCGUCUCUCGUUGGAAACCUAGACGUGUACGGUCCCAUAGCGGAACACAUGGAGCAAUUGAGAAUAUUUCUCAAUAAAAUGAGUAAGCUUUGUGAUCUAGCAGAACAUGAACACGAUUUAUCUUUCGAAGGUUUGAGUGCGGUGGAUCCGAAGAUAGAGACUUUACCAGAAGUAACACUGUUGGACUUUUUGCUGGAAUCAAGGUACAUCCUUGAUCUGCGUCGCACCGCACAUUUACAUAGGAGAGUCGAUGACUACGUUUUCUAUUUCGAAAAUGUAUGGCCGUUACCAACUCAUUUCACCCCGCGGUUUCUAUAUAAGUUGAAGAUAGAUGACUCGUUCGUUGACCCACUUCCAGUAAUGCCCUGGGAGAAAGUCAAGAAAGACGUUGACGAUGAAGGCAGAGAAACAGAAAGGGACGAAGAUCAAACUGAUACUUCGGAUAGCGACUAAUACUUGCAAGAGAUAUCAUUUUUUUAAUCUGUGUA